AUUACUUAGAGCCAAUCUUGGUGCCACACACCAAGACAUGGGAGUAACGAAGCCUGCCUGUUCUAAUUUUUAAAGAGAAAAGCAACUUCAGAGAGGAUUUUCAGCAGGUGGAGGAAAUGUUGCCACUUCUUCAUUCCAAAUGAGGGGCUCCCUUCAUGGAGUUCCAAACAUGUAUUUAUCCCUACAAGCACACCUGGAUUCUAGGAGGAGCUGCAGCUGAUUGGGGCAGUAGUGAAAGACUGGGUGGGGAAAAGAAAUUCAGCACUUCCUUCCCCAAGUGCUCUAAACUGCCUCCCCCUAAAGCAACUUGUUGCUUUUAAAAACUCCAUGCACCACAGUUUUAUUGCAUACAUUUGUAUGUAAUGUUUACUUAGGCCAUUAGUGCUUUAUAGUUAUGGUGAAGCUGAUAACUCUCAAGUCCCAGCUGUGAACCUUUGCGAAGCUGCAGUGAAUACAAACAGACCAUGAAGAUUCCCUAAGGCUGGUUGGUCAUUGAAGAUGGCCGGCAAGCAAGGGUACAGUUGUCUGUCUGAUGGCUCACUGGAUGUUCCCUCUUCCAGCCCUGAAGGCACCCUGAGCCUCAGUCCUCACAGCCCUGGGCUCUGCCUUAUCUCGACGCCCACAGCAGAGACCCACUGGCUGAGCAGCGCCCAACCCCAGCCAGAGUCGCCUGGAGAAAUGAAUGUAACUUUGGAGAAACUCCUGGCUCCCAUUACAGAAAAGCUCAAGUAUUUGCUGAAGAAAGCAGAGGACUUCCAGACGUACCUGCUGUACAGCAGAGACAGAAUGCAGAAGGAGCAAUUUGCCAAAGCCAUGCCCACGUUCCUGCAGAUGUGCCAGCCUUACUUCCACUACCUGGAAUCCACAGCGCGAAGCUGCACUCCUUAUUUAAGACCCCCACAGGAACCAGUGCGGAGGCGUCUCCUGGAGAUCUCCCAGCAGUUGGCCUGCCAGCUUGAGCAACUGGUGCUGAUGUAUGCUUCUUUCAGCUUUGUCUCUUUAGAAGACACUGACCCAUUCAGUGUCUCAUGCUUCUUCUGUGGAAAGUUUUGGCUGAAUGAGUUGCGACAAGUUUCCAUCUUCCGAUACUGCAUCUCAGCACCCUACACAGCUGCCCAUAUUCCCCGCAACCUCUAUAAGAAGAUGCGCUGGAACCUUGAUAUCUUGGAAGGCUCUGCUUGCCGGAAUCAAACACCCCGGACAGAAUACUACUUCCUGUGCUUCCGGGAUACAGGAGAUGAGACAACAGUGAAGAUGCAGAAGCUCUGGUCCAUUGGACGCUGGGUGCCUUUGGAUCCUGACAGUGACCACAGCUCCGAUGUGCUCUCCUGGGUCUUGUGCCGCCAGCCCAUGGGGGAUUACCAGCAGCUCCUGACAAUCGGAUUUGAGGAACCCUCCCACACGCUCGCCACGGACCUCUUGGUGCAGAUGCUCAGUGCUCAGAGCGCCGGUCUGCUGAACCGCGAGUCCUCCUGCUGGGUGAGCUCAGGGGAACAGGUGCAGUGAAAAACGUACCUUCAUGGUAUGCCACCAAGGGGCAGCCCACUGCCUCCUGUCACCACCAAUGUCACAUAUGUGGCCUAAGAUGCUACCCUCACAUUAGGCACAGUUAGGUCAUGCUAGAUAUUGGCAUGCAGAUAUG